AACUACUUACUUCUCUACAACUUGGUUAGCAGCUACUAGCUACCACCUACCACCUACCUUAAGGUUCUCACCAUCGCCAAAAUCAAACUUUGGCAGUAAUGUCCUCUCGCGAGAUUAUUCCCAUAACCAUUUUAUUAUAAUAAAAUAAUGGCGUCUACACAGCUAGCUAUAGCUAGAGUAUCCUUCUCCGCGGUUCUCCUACGUCCGGAUCCGACAUCAUGUUCGCGCGGCGAGAUUGACGAGUUUCUUCAGCUUCUUGACGCGACCAUCUCGCGAUGCUCCCCGCCCAAUGUUCAGAAAAGCAAGCAUUGGAUACUGAAGAACCUGGUCCAGUCCCCUGCUAGAAUCACUGCCUUAGGGAAAUACCUGACGGCAUUGGCCAAAUCCUUCUCUCUGGAUCUUGCCGCUAGCAGACAAGCCCGCGAGCCUUCUUCGAAACGUAAACGUCUUCAUAUCCUCUACCUUCUCAAUGACACGCUGUACCAUGUCCAUAUCCGGGACCGGAAUACCAGUUUCGCGCAACAGUUAGAGCCCACUAUCCCAGAUAUUAUCCAACUCGCUGCAGCGUUCCAAAACUGUCCGAAGCAUUCCAAGAAAAUAGUAGGCCUGAUAGACCUCUGGGGGGAGAAACAGUACUUUUCGGAUAUCUUUGUUCAGAAACUUCGGACUAUCGCCCAGGAAGCACCGUAUUCGGCCCCCAAUGAUGAUACACCUGUUGACGGCACCCGAGCCACGGGUGCAAGAUCUUCUAAGGAUGCCCCGUUCAUCAUGCCAGCUAUGCAUGGCGAUGCUACCGCAUCAUGGUACGACUUACCUGCAGCGAACUGGCUGCCCGCCAUCGAACCUGACUCUACGAGACCAAUGAACCCGGACAUGAUCAAACCUUUACAAUUUGUUGCCGGCCCCGCCGACGAAAAAUUAAUCAAAGCCGUCCAAGACUUGUUGGUUGAUGUGGAUCGUAUUUACAGUAGAGGUCGGCGAGACGCUAGCCAGCAAACUGAAGAUGUCGAUCAGCUAGGACAGAGGGUUGUGCUUGAUGAGAUCACUGGAGAGGUUAUCGAUGGAGACAGCUACUAUGGCUGGUCUCGUGCAUUCUGUGAAAAGAUGAAACAGCGUCGCAAGAAGACCAGCGUCUCUGGAAAUAGCCAACGCGGACGCAGUACGACUCGUUCGCAUUCACGAUCAAGAAAUUCAUCUCGAAGUCCAUCGCGGCCUGCGUACAAGCGACGUCGUGUAUCCAACUCGGAGAGCCGUAGUAAAAGCCGAAGCCCAAGUCGCAAACGUAGUUAUAGCAGAGACCGUUAUCGACGAAGAUCAUACAGUAGUUCGAGAUCUCGUUCUCGUUCCCGCUCCCGCUCAGAGAAUCGACAAUACGACCAGCCAAACACGCAAUCCAAGGGAAGGAGUCCACCGCCACCUCCGCGGUCAUAUGAUCCCCCUCACUUCGCAAAUCCAACCGGAAGGCAGCUACCCGGUUUUCCAAAUCAGCCGCCCCAUCCAAACCCUCAAUACCAGCAGCAUUCUACGCCUCCACCCCCUUUCCCACAGUCCUUUCCCCCGUUACCCCCUGACCUCAGCCCGUUCAUGGUACCGCCACCUCCUCUUCCGCCACAAAAUUAUCAGGGCCAAUGGCCCCCGCCACCUCCGAUCCCGCCCAACAUGCCGCCAAAUUGGAUGCCUAACAUAGCGAUGGGAGGAUGGCCUGUGCCUCCUCCGCCGCCGCCCGGACAGCCUCCGCAGCAGCAGCAACAACAGCCUCGUGGUGGCUUCCAGCAGUACGGGAGAGGGGGAAGAGGGGAUUACCGUGGACAUGGACAUCGUGGGGGCUGGGACUACCGGGGUCGAGGUGGUUGGUAACUAUAAGUAAGUAGUUAAGCAUGGGCAUGGCCUUUGGAUGCUUCAACUAUCGUAUGUAUUAUAUUCUACUAUUCGACUUCCGUGUGCGAGGGAAUCAUGUCCUACCGCGAUACAGGAAUAUC